GAAGGAGAAAGGAGUACUACUAAGUUAUCUUUCUCUCUUGUGUGGAGUUAUUAGAAGAGCUAGUAGCAAUUCAAGAUGAUUGAAGAAGAGAUAGACCAUCAUCCAAGCCACCCAGGCUACAAGCUGAAACAAGAGAACAUGGAAAGACCAUAUACUUGUGAUGGUUGCAAGGAAUUAGGGUUUGGCACUUGCUACACAUGCACUAACACUGCAUGCAAUUUCCACCUUCAUAAAGACUGUGUAUAUCCUGAAGAGAUCAUCUCCCACCCUUUCUUCCCUAACCUUUACUUCCAUUUCCUCAAAGAAGGUUUUCCAAAUAGAUAUUGUGAUGCUUGUGGGAAGGACAUCAAUGGCUAUGUCUACCAUUGUUAUGAUAAAGGCUAUGACUUGCAUCCUUGUUGUGCUAAACUCCCUCAUGUUUUUGAGAAUGUUUCUACAGAUGAAGGAGAUGAAGUGAAUCUUGUUCUUGAGAAGAAGGUGAGUUCCAAGUGUUAUAAAUGUGGGAAAAAGAAGCUAUCAAAAGAAGUGGAGAACACUUGGUCUUAUGUAUCUCAAAACAAGAAAGUCCACUUCCAUGUUUGUUGUGUCAAGGAUAUGGUGUGUCAGAGUUGGAAAGAUGGUUUACAGAUUGAGAAAGUGGAUGCUUGUCCUAAGCUAAAGGUGAAGCUUUACAAGGAGAAGAAAUGGAUAGGAAGUGGAAGUAAGUUUGGGAAGUUGAAGAAGGUUCUUAAGAUUGCACUGACUCUCAUUAUUGCUGCUGUGAUUGGUGAUCCCACUGCCAUGCUUGUUGGUGUUGUUACUUCUCUCAUUACUCAUUGAUUUGGUGUUGUACUUUUGUUCCUUUCUUUCUUUGUUUGGUUUGAGUUUAGUUUAUUAUCAACUACUCUUUCUUGUAUAACUUUCUUUUGAUUGGUUAUGUCGGAAACAUUUGGUUAAAUAAAAGUUGAGGAAGAUAUACAAUUG